GCCCGCUCGUUUCACCUGACAUUGUCACUUGCGUUCGUUUCUGAGCAACAAUUAGUCGUCUAAUCCGAGCUCGUAGUUCACCUGAAGAGCAACCCACGAGGCCUGACCACACGAGAUACCACCUGUUACUACCGAGCUGGGAAAAACAGAGCAGAUCAUAACUUCGUAUUCGCGUCGUGUUACACCAUCGCCGCUGCAUCAUCUCCCAUCAACUCUGACCAUCAGGCGUCCGGAAGCAUCAUCGCUCGUAGCAAUGGCUCCCGUCAUCCAAUGCCUCACGCCGCAGGCCGUCAUGCCGAGCUUCCAAUGCCAGAGCCCCAUGGCUUCCCUGCCGUCUCCCGCUGACCCUCCCGCCAAGAUCGAGGUUCCCCCGGAGCCGGAGCCGAAUUUCCUGGAGUCGGUGGAUCUGUACUUCGACGCGGCGGCGGCGAUAUCGCACGUGUCGCCGGACAUUCUGGCGCAGAUCAAGGCGUGCAACAGCAUCAUCCGCGUGCAGUUUCCGCUCAAGCUGCCGGACGGCCGCGUGGAGCUGGUAGAGGGGUACCGCGCGCAGCACUCGCACCACCGCCUGCCCGUGAAGGGCGGCAUCCGCAUGUCGCUGACGGUGGACGCGGAGGAGACCAUGGCGCUCGCCGCGCUCAUGACCUUCAAGUGCGCGCUGCUCGACGUCCCCUUCGGAGGCGCCAAGGGCGGCAUCAAAAUCGAUCCGCGCAAGAUCUCGCCGGAAGCGAAGGAGGCGGUGAUCCGACGGUACACAUCGGAGCUGGUGAAGAAGAACUUCAUCGGACCGUCCAUCGACGUCCCCGCGCCCGACUACGGCACCGGCCCGCAGGAGAUGGCGUGGAUCAAGGACACAUACCAGAUGCUUCGCCCCAACGACCUCAACUCCUUCGCGUGCGUCACUGGCAAGCCGCUGGAGGAGGGCGGCAUCAGGGGGCGCACGCAGGCCACAGGGCAGGGCGUGUUCGUUGUGUUGAGGGAGUUCUUCAAGAGCGAGAAGUGGAUGGAGCGGCUGGGCAUGAGUGUGGGGAUCAAGAGCAAGGCGUUCAUAGUGCAGGGGUACGGCAACGUGGGGCGGCACACGAUCGAGGCGAUAGUGGGGGCGGGCGGGCGCAUAGUGGCGCUGGCGGAGUGGAACGGGGGGCUGGUGGACGACACGGGCGCGGGGCUGGACAUGGCGGCGGUGGCGGCGCACCACGCGCGCACGGGCUCCAUUCUGCACUGUGUGGGCGCCACCACGCUGCUGGACAGCGCCGCCAUUCUGGAGCGGGAGUGCGACGUGCUCAUCCCGGCGGCGCUGGAGGGGCAGAUCACGGCAAGCAACGCGGGGCGCAUCCGCGCCAAGGUGGUGGCGGAGGCCGCCAACGGGCCCGUCACCGCCGCAGCAGAGAAGCGCCUGGCGGCGCGCGGCGUGGUGGUGCUGCCGGACCUGCUGGUGAACGCGGGCGGCGUGACGGUGUCGUACUUCGAGUGGCUCAAGAACCUGAACCACAUCCACUUCGGCCGCAUGAGCCGCCGCAUGGAGGAGCGCGGCAAGCAGCAGCUCGUCGACGCCCUCGAGCAGGAGAUGGCCGGCGGCAUGCGCUUCAGCCACACCACGCGCCAGUCCAUCGUGCGCGGCAACACGGAGGAGGACUUUGUGUGGUCGGGGCUGGAGGAGCACAUGAUCGAGGGGUGGGAGAACGUGGACCGCGUGGCCGAGGAGAGGAACUGCUCCUUCCGCACGGCAGCCUAUCUCAUCUCCAUCGAGCGCAUUGCGCGCUCCUACAACGUCAGCGGCAUCUUCCCGUAAAGGGCUGCUCAAAUUGAAGCACCGGACAAUCUGCCCUCAAUGCUGCACCCUCCUCAACUGUCCGCGUUCACCUCAGCUGGCAGGCACCUGACCUUCACCUGCCCCCUCUCCACCCUCUCCAUGUCACCGCCCGCUCAACUCAACCCUGUCAACCCUGUGUACAUACACACAUGUCAACUUGGCCCUGCCUAGCAUCCGCCCUUCCCCAGUUUUGUAGCUUUGGAAUCCCCCCAUCCACCUCCCUACCCUUCUCCUAGUCGCCCACGUCUCCACCCAGUUUUGUAGAUCCUACUUCUGCUGACCCCCCUCAUGCUUCCUCCUCACUCCCUUGGAAGCUCCUUGUAGGGCAGAACCACUCUCAAGUCCCACCCUCCCCAAUUGUGUAGGCACAGGGUUUCACUUGCACACUCCUUUGUUCAAUUUGUCUCUUCACCACUUCUUUGUGUACCUUUGUACAGUUUCUAUUCAUUAGAGCCUCAUUUUUGCUGCCACUGUACUUGUUCCAUUUAUAAAGCAUUCUUUCUUCU